GUUGAUGGAGAGAGCGUUUUAAAUUAAUUCCGACGCCUUUCAUUCCCAUCUCUUGCGCUCUUGUUCCUCUCGCGCUGUAUUAGCUCCCUUGAUCUUCUCCGAGGAAGAAGAAGACCCAGACUAUCGUCGUCUUCUUCUUCUCCUAUUGAUUGCCGACUCUUUGAUUUCUCAAUCUCAAUUUCUCUGUAAAGAUGACAACCGAAACUCAGGGCUACAACAAUGCCCCUGCUAUCUCUACCGCGAUCACGACCUCGAAGCAGUCUGUCCCUGUGGCCAAGAGCGUCGAUACCCAGUCUGUUUUGAAGAGGUUGCAGUCCGAACUGAUGGCACUUAUGAUGAGUGGAGAUCCCGGUAUAUCUGCUUUUCCGGAGGAAGACAACAUAUUCUGUUGGAAGGGGACCAUCUGUGGAAGCAAAGGUACAGUGUUCGAAGGAACAGAGUACAAGCUCUCCCUUUCCUUUCCGGCUGAUUAUCCAUUCAAGCCUCCGAAGGUGAAAUUCGAUACCAGUUGCUUCCAUCCCAAUGUGGAUGUCUAUGGCAACAUUUGCUUAGACAUCCUUCAGGACAAAUGGUCAUCUGCAUAUGAUGUGAGAACGAUACUGCUAUCAAUCCAAAGUCUGCUUGGAGAACCAAACACAAGCUCACCUCUGAAUACCCAGGCAGCUGCGCUUUGGAUCAAUCAAGAAGAAUACAGAAAGAUGGUGGAGAAACUAUACAAACCUGCUGCUUAAAGAGUUCUGAGUUUUCAGUGAUUUUUCUCAGUUGAGUGUACAAAUAUAUUCUUUCUCUUCUCAUUAGAGAUUGUUUUUGUCAUCACUCAUCAUUUAUA